UACAAAUGUGUGCUUGUACUUGUAGUAUAUGAGUGUUCCACAGGUUUUUUUGUGUUUAUUGUUGUUUACACAUCCUUAAUAUAAAAGUCUUAUACGUCUGAUUUAUGUAAACAACUUAUUUAAAAUUAACGUUUAACUUUAUAGAAUAUUAAUGCUUACGAAACUGUGGUGCUGUGUCCUUUUAAUUUAAUACAAUCUUCUCAAAAGAAGCGAGUCAGCACAUGGGCGUGCAUGGCGGGCGGAGCGUGGCGGCGUGGCGCGGCUCGCGUGCGUACUCUGCGUGUCCUCCUGCGGGACACUGCGCGUGCGCUGCAAGAUGCGCAAGAUAUAUUGGCUUAUGAUCCCGAAAUACCUGAUAUCGUCCAGAGCCUCACGAAACAGGCUUGCCGCCCCACCGCCCUGGUGAUCUUGGGCUGUUCUCCAUCAGCUAGAGCGAGAUUAUUAAAUUGCAUAUUAGGAAGACGACUCUUGCCUGAAUCAUUACCCAGGGGCUGCAGAUGGCUGCGUGUGCAAUAUGGUGCGUCAACACAAGUACACUUAUCGGUGGGUAACUCGGAAUUCGAACUGGUCGAAGAAUUGGAGUGCAAUCGGAAACAAUGGGAGACUUUGCCAUUACAGGAUCUUCUUCGCCAGGACAACGACAUGGGCACAACUCUAGAAGUGGAACUGAAUAACUCUUUCCUUAAAGAUGGUCUCAAAAUAAUCGUACCCCCAGACAUAGCUGAAGAUCCAGGACCAGCGAAUUACAUUACCUUGAAGAAACUACAUACGGAGUUUUACAAAAAACGUGAUACAGUUUUGAAGACUUAUAGCCCCGUGUAUUUGUAUGCCCUGGAUAAAUUCGGUACGAAUGUCUUCAGUGAGAAUAUUAUGUCGAAAAUGACCGUCUCCAGGAGCGAGGAGGACUUCUGGUCGACCUUCAACCUGUAUUAUAUGACGAAAGUCAAUAAUGAUAAUGAUGUCAAGGUAGAGGAAGAGAGAGAUGAAGUUUGGAAAGAGGGGGAUGACUCCGCUGUUUUUAGUUCCGAGAAUUGUCUAGAUCUUCACCAGAUCAAGGAAAUCAAUGUCAACGCCCAGGUCCUCUUCGUUCUCUUCUCGAACAGUGAAGCAGAAGAGAAGAGCAGAAACAAUCUCAGCGAGGCGACGGAGUCCACUGAGCUGUGUAACACUGAGGAGUUGCCUGAGUCAGACCAAGGGCUGGUUAAGAAUAAGGUUUCGAGUAGCAGACCAAUAGACAAAUCCGAACAGAGCAAGACAUCAAAUAGAAGAUUACAAGAGGAACAGACGGCAUUUAUGAAUGAGCUCUUGGACCAAUGGGAGCUUAUAUCUAACCCCCCACCAAAGCACCACGUCAAAAGCCAAUGCUCGAUUAUAGAUGACCUAGAAAUAUUAAAGAAUUCCGAAAGACAAGAGAACGACCACGGCAAGAAGAAGAAAGAUGUCGAUAUAGAUAGAACUGUCAAGAGUAGGAGUUCGUUUUUGAAUACGGUGAUAAAGUUCGCGACCGAGUGCUCCCAGAGUUACUUGUUGGAUCAGUGCACUAAGCUGAGCGAGAUACACGUAAAGCUACUGCAGCAGUUCAUGUUAGCCUCAUUCGACAUGGCGAGGGAACUGCAAAUAGUACCGAAGAAGAUACAGUACGUGGCGCGGCAGGAGCAGCAGCUGUACGAGACGAUGAGCGAGAAGUUUUUCGAAGGCGAAAAGAAGCAAGAGCUGUUGCAGAUAAUGCAAGAAGUACUCCAAGAAAUGAAGUCAGAAAUAAAUAACAUGGACUGGAGUGUAGAUGACCUGCCGCGCCACCAGGACCGGCGCUACGCCACCGCCAACUCCGUGUUCUACGCGCGGCGCGCCUCGCCCGACUCCGACACGGCGGAAGAGGCCGUCUGCUACGAAAACUAUAAUAUGGACGACUACGAGAUCAUAGACUCCGCCGACGAGAGCCUGUGUUGCAGCGAAGCCUUCGAUACUUCGACGCGCGCGGGGGGCACGCGGGCGGCGGGCGGCGCGUGCGCGGCCGUGUCGACGCGGCGCGCCUCGCUCGACGUGCAGCGCACGGUUCUUUCGAAGCUAAGUCGGAAGAUCAGCUUGAAGCUAGUCAGCUUUGUCGACUGUCUCAAGGACACUUACUUUGGAACAUUACAACGCUGCCUGGAGUCGCUGGAGGGCGGCUGCCGGCGCGAGCUGGGCGGGCGGCCGGCCAGCGAGGCCAUGCGCCAGCUGCUGUGCGUGGCGCGCCAGGUGGACCUCACGCCGUGCGCGUCGUUCUCGCUGCUGUCGGACGUGCUGGACUCGCUGCGCCGCCUGCUGUGCCGCCUGCGCCUGGCGGGCGACGCGCAGGAGGCGUGCUGCGCGCUGAGCGCGGCGUGGCGCCGGCGCGCGGCGCUGCACUGCGCGCACUCGCUCGCCCCGCAGCGCCUCGCGCGCCUCAUCUCGCUGCAGAUUUUGGAGAGACUAAGCGUCGCGCACGAAAGAUAUCAGUCAGCGCUCGCUUCGCUCGAGACCGCUUUAGCGAGCCACUUACAUCACACGGAGGAUAUCAAACUAGCUAUAAGGAAAAAAUACGCACCGUCGUUUGCACGCUUGUGUCUAGAAAGCACGUCCAUGUGUGAUCUUCUAAUGUAUGGAACACCCGAACUCGGUCGCGAGAUCGGUCGCGGUCAGUACGGCGUCGUGUACGCGGUGCGCGGCGCGUGGGCGGGGCACAGCCCGGCCGCCGUCAAGUCCGUGCUGCCGGCCGACGAGCGCCACUAUCACGAACUAGCCAUGGAGUUCUUCUACACGAGGAGCAUCCCGGCGCACCCGCGCAUCGUGCGCCUGCUGGGCUCGCUGGUGCAGCGCGGCGGCGGCGCGCCCGGCGUGCUGCUCGUGUCGCAGCGCCGCGCGCGGGACCUGCACGCCGCCGUGCGCGCCGGACUCUCCUUCGCGCAGCGCAUGCGCAUCGCGUGCGACAUCGUCGAGGGCAUCCGCUACCUGCACUCGCUGGGGCUGGUGCACCGCGACGUGAAGCUGAAGAACGUGCUGCUGGACGAGCGGUCCCGUGCGGCGCUGUCGGACCUGGGCUUCUGCGCGGCCGAGGCGCUGCUGUCGGGCUCGCUGGUGGGCACGCCCGUGCACAUGGCGCCCGAGCUGCUGGCCGGCAUGUACCGCGCCGCCGUCGACGUGUACGCCUUCGGGAUCCUGUUCUGGUACUUGUGUGCUGGGAAUAUCAAACUGCCGUCCGCUUUUGAAACAUUCCAAAAUAAAGAACAGUUAUGGAGUAAAGUGAAAAGAGGUCUCCGCCCGGAACGUCUCCCUCACUUCUCGGACGAGUGCUGGGAGGUGAUGGAGUCCUGCUGGGCGUCCGAACCCUCACAGCGAGCUCUGCUCGGAGACGUACAGCCGAAGCUUGAGGCGAUCCUGCAGAAAGCACUAGAUGAGGACAAGGGACACGUGACAUACGAACCCACGGAUUACAAGUCUGAAGAUGACAGCCUGGACAUGACAGGCCUUGAUGUGAAAUGGGAAAAUAAAUGUUUCCGCCCGGAACAUCUCCCUCACUUCUCGGACGAGUGCUGGGAUGUGAUGGAAUCCUGCUGGGCGUCCGAACCCUCACAGCGAGCUCUGCUCGGAGACGUUCAGCCGAAGCUUGAGGCGAUCCUGCAGAAAGCACUAGACGAGGACAAGGGACACGUGACAUACGAACCCACGGAUUACAAGUCCGAAGAUGACAGCCUGGAAAUGACAGGCCUUGAUGAGAAAUGAGAAAAUAAAUGUUAGUACAUCGUGAUAAGGAACUUAAUUGCAUAAUAAUACAUGAUACUUAUCAUUAAAUUAACAUCGAAAUGUUUGCGUGAUAACGUUUAUUCAUAUCAAGGUCAUUUUUAAAAGGAUAUUUAAAGCAAUAUUUUUAAACAAGCUUCAAAAUCAGAGUGAAAUUGUAAUUAAAAACAUAUAUAUACAUAUAUAUAAAAUAGAAAUAAACUCCACAGGACCAAAAGGUAAUAUCGCUUUUUAUGUGUGGAUUUAAAAUGUGUUUUAGAUGCGUUUCGAUAAGUGCAAGUAUUAAGUGCAUACAACCUAUUCAUACAUUCUUAUUGAUUAUUCGAUUGUGAUUGCGAAUGUGAUCGGUGAUUCGGCUUAUUUAUAAAUUUUAAAGUCAAAAAUGUAUUGUUAACUCAGCCAGUUAAUAAUAGCUAAAAAUUAAAAAAUAAAAAUUGUUCAAGAAUGAAUUAUCUGAACAAAUUAGGAUUAGUCUCAAAUUAUUCAUAAUUGAUGUGAAACUUAUUUUUGGUGCGAUGUAUGUAAAAUUUUAAAAAUUAAUUUGAGUGCAACGUUUCCAUGUUUAACGUUUUUGUG